GCCCUUUUAUAUCCCGCCCGCCGGCCAGUCGAUCGGCCACAAGCCCCCACCACCAGCGCGCCACGCACAGCAGCUUCAGCUUCUUCUUUCUCCCUCCAUCGGGGGGAGAGAACUCUGUCGCGGAGACGACUAGCAGAGGGAGGUGUGCGGAGCAGGGAGGAUGGAAGGGGCGGUCGAGAGGAGCGGCGGCGGGGGUGGGGGCAAGGGGUCCGGCAGCAGGUUCAGGCGGGUGUGCGUGUUCUGCGGGAGCAGCUCCGGCAAGCGGAGCAGCUACCGGGACGCCGCCGUCGAGCUCGGCAGGGAGCUGGUGGCGAGGAAGGUGGACCUGGUGUACGGAGGCGGCAGCCUGGGGCUCAUGGGGGAGGUCUCCGAGGCCGUGCACAAGGGCGGCGGCCACGUCAUUGGCGUCAUACCGACGACCCUGAUGGGCAAGGAGAUCACCGGGGAGACGGUGGGCGAGGUGCGGGCCGUGGCGGGCAUGCACCAGCGCAAGGCGGAGAUGGCGCGCAACUCCGACGCCUUCAUCGCGCUCCCGGGCGGGUACGGGACGCUGGACGAGCUCCUGGAGGUGAUCGCGUGGGCCCAGCUCGGCAUCCACAGCAAGCCGGUGGGCCUGCUGAACGUGAACGGGUACUACAACUUCCUGCUGGCCUUCAUCGACAAGGCGGUGGACGACGGCUUCAUCAAGCCCGCGCAGCGCCACAUCUUCGUCAGCGCCCCCGACGCCAGGGGCCUCGUCCAGAAGCUCGAGGAGUACGAGGCGGUGGCGGACGAGGACCCGGCGAUGCCCAAGCUGCGGUGGGAGAUCGAGCAGGUCGGCUACAACGCCGCGCUGCCGGCCGAGGUCGCCCGCUAG